UAUUGUAGAAAGUAUAGAAUAUGUUUCCAAUAAGUAAUCUAGUCAUACCACCGCGUUCAUUAAAGGGACGUGUUCUGUGAUAAAAUUAGUGUUAAGUGUGUUAAGUGUCAAUUAUUACCGGAGAAUCGACCCUGCCGCGCCGUCAUUGAAACAACCGCUUAUUUAAUAAAUAUCACUCCCAAUAUUUACAAGCCAUCGCGAGCCUUGACAUAUUGUUAUUGUUUGUGUGUUUUGGAUUGGGUUCUGUAAUCAUGAUUUAUGAAUGAUAUAAAUUUAGACGGGCUAUCGCAGAUUAACAAAAAAUCCACGAUGGAGCCCAUCGCCGAUAGCGAUAUACCUCAGUGGAAAAAGGACUUGAUAGCCCGCCUCAGGAGUCAAAACAGAACGGCGACCGUGGCUGGUAGCGGAUCGGAUCAACAGCUGUCCGUAUCCCCCCAACACUCUUCGUCGGACCGUGCGGGACAACAACCUAGCUCAACGUGCAAGAGUGAAUCAGUAACGUCUGGCGUUUCGUGUCCGCUCGCUAGUGAACAGUGUAAUGUGAUUUCUACAACGUGUUCGCUGCCGAAACAACACAAAAUGGUGCAAGAACGCGUCUGGGUGGACGGUAAGCACGACCCCUUCGCCGAGGCCAUGAACGACAACUACGGCAACAACGGCUACCACAAAGACAGCGACGAGGACUCGGAUUCCUCGGAGGACCUGCACUACGGCCCCGGUAUAGUAAACAAGCUGAAGAACAAAUACCUGAGCUUGGCGCUGCGCGAGAGCAACGUUAGGCCGUCCAUACUGCAUAUGCGAAAGGCCACAUCUUUGGAGAACCUCCUCGACGACAACGUGCCCAAUGGAACCGGCAGAGGCAGACAGUUUCGCUCUAGGUUAAACGGCAAUGACACCGACAAGAACGUGCCGAACCGGUACAGGAAUGCCGCGCGCGGAGAGAUGAAGAGGGCCCGUUCGGUGGAAGCCAUCUCUAGAUUCGACCACCACGUUCCCCUGAUCACGGAGGUGCGUCCGAACCGGCAGUCGCUGCACGAGGAAAUGCUUAUCGCCGCCGAAAAGGAAGGAAACGACCAUCUCCACAGGAAAAUGAUGUUAGAUAACCAACUCGAAGCAAACAUCGAGAAUAAAUUUAACAGUAACAACGUCGGAACGCGCGUUAAUAGGCCGAAGAGAAUACAGCCGAUAAUGAACGAGAAGGAAAAACCACCCGCCGACGUGGUGAAGCAGGCCAAGAUGAUUUUCGAGAGGAGGCCUGAGCAACGCACCAAGGCGCCACCGCAGACGGGCGACGUAGCCGCUAAAGUGGAUAGUUUCAAUAACAUCAUCGUCAAGAACAAGGUGGAGGCCAAGACGGUAUCGAAGAAACCACCCAUUAAACACGCCAAACCAGUACUUAAUGAUAAAACGAAAAGUAAUACUCGUCCAAUGGCAAAACCCGUAGUGGUUAGUGAGGAAGUUUUGAAGUCUCCCAACCAACUCAACUCGCCACCGAGGAGCCUUGAACUGAACAAAGUGCCUAAGAAGGACUUCAAAGACGAGCUACCUCUACCCAGUCCCAUACCGGACGUCUCGAGGAUAGAUUUCCACAACAAAGGGGAAAACGAGCGUGGGAAAAACGGCUCUAGUCUUUCGGAAACGCCCGAUCUUAUCUUAACAUCUAGUCCUUUGCCAGCCGUCACUUCGCCAACAUACAAUAAGAAAAACCUCACGGAGAACUUCCUCAGAGAAGAAAUCUUAAGUUCUUCACCUUUAUUACCACGCAGCCCCCUGCUGAGCCCCACCAACAGACCGACCAGUCCCUUACUGAGUCCCAGUAGACUCCGACCGGUCAGUCCACUGUUGAGCCCUAGAAAAUCGCCCAGCCCCACGAAUUUAAAACCCACUGUCCUGAAUUACGACGCCGACGACUCGGAUGGCCCAUCAAAGAAACUUUCCCCAACGCCACACGGCACCGCGGUGUUCAACUUCACCCACCAAACCGUGAAUCAGUCACACCUUCCCGUGAACAAGAACGUGUCAAAUACGAAAACGCCCGCAACGCAACCUCUGAAAAUCGAAAUAAACGGCCAUAACGAGGCGAAAACCACCACCUCCUCCUCCACCAGGUUGCUCCAGGCGCAGCCACCGCGAUCGCCUCCGAAGUUCUCGCCCCCGCCGCCUCCUAAGAUCGAGGAGGCGGUGGAGAAGCCGGCCAUGAGCCUAACCGUGACCGAAAUCGAGAAGAACCUCAUCAACACCGUGAAGACUCUGCAGCAGCCCAACAAGGGUAGUGUGUUGUGCGUCAGCGCUAGUGUGGAAGUGGUGAACAGGAGUAUCGUGGCGACGAAGAAGGGCAGGCCUAGGGAGCCGGCCUCCAACACGGCGGUUUUCAAUUUCACCAACAGGAAGGACGUUCCGGACUACAUCUCCAACGACCGAUCGCGGUCACCUGGCCGACCCGAGCUGCCCAAGCCAGGAGAGGGCGGUAUUAUCCUGAUACCCGGCGCCACCAUCGGCGACUCCUUCACGGACGAGGACGAGGAGAUCCUGCGUUCCCUGGAGGGCCCGCCCAGUCCCUGCGACGUCAUCUUCGUAAACGACAACAUCCUCAUCGACGGAAAAUCUAGUCUAAGCCAAAAAACCAAACGGACGAAGUUGAGGAUAUCGUUCAUAGAGGCAGGCCCCGAAAUAUACGAAUACCCCUCGGAGACGUCCCUGCUGGUGGAUGAUUCACCCCAUUCGCCCGCACAAGCACAAGUCGGUCACACAGUUCCUAUUCUUGGUGGAUCUUCUCUUGCAAACUACACCCCUAAGGGCAGGGAGGACUUCCUGCCGGGGGUGACAAGAAGCGUCCAACCGAGCAUUCCAGCAAAACCCGACAUCACCGAAGUGGACGCGGGUUCGGAGCUGAUCAUAGAGGAAAUCGACAAACCUUUCAGCUCCGGCACCAACGCAGACAUUCUUUUUUAAGCUUUACCACAAAUAUACAAUUACUUUUGUACAUUGAAUUCCAUAAACACAUUCCUACAUUGGAAGAUAUCACAUUUUGGAAGUAUUUACAAAUUUGUAUGUUUAUAUUUAUUAGGUAUUAACGAUGAGUAUAGUUGCGAACUGCUUUUACGGUUUAAAACAUGUAUUUUUUCUAAGUUGUCAUCAAAUUAGAUCUUUGUGGCAUUAAGAUAAGCGCCGUGCCUCCGGGCACGGCACGAUUUACUUUUUAAAAAAGUUUAUUUAUCCACUGUAUGUUAUUUGCUCAUUUACUGAACUUAUGUAGUGUAAUUUUUUUUUAUUGUUAAUCAAUUUACCGCCAACGUUAUGACACGUAACUAAUUGUACUGAUCAAUUUACCCAACCCCCUGUAUAUUAUUUUUAAUCCAGCUUAAGUUUAGGAUUUAAUUUCUUUAAUGUUAAUUUAAAAACUGUGAUUUGAGAAAAUGUAAUGGACCAACAAGAAAGGUUAUGUAUCGCUUUUUUAUUAAUGUAGUCCGCCUGUGUUUCGUUCGAUGAUUAUUUCGUUCAUAGUCUAAUGAGAUAGGAGUCGUACGUGAAUGAAGUGCUUUGAAGAUUCGUUUUAAUCAGACUAGUAUUUAUAUGUAUUGUGAACAAACUGUAUAACUGUUUUUUUUUUUUAAAUAAAUACAGUAUUAAAUAGCA